AUAUUCAAAAAUUACCGUGCCACAAUGCCGGAUACUUGCAUGGCAUAUAAAUGCCACAACAGGAGAGGUCAGAAAACAGGAAGAAAGUUUCAUAGGCUGCCACGGGACCCUGACAGGCGCGCAAAAUGGAUUGCUGCUAUCGGAAGUUUGUGUGGAUUUAUAUGUAAAUCCACACAAACAUAUAUGUUUUUGUUAGAAUUGUGGAUGUAUCGUAAAGGUAUUCUAUGAUGGCUCUCUGUUUUUUUUAUGUCGUGGUCGUGAAAACUCCGUCCGGUAAGCCAUAAGGGUCACAAAUCUGUAGACCGUUUAUUUUAGACAUGUAUCUAAUUAUCUGAUCCAAACAACAAGAACAAGGCAUGGGUACCGACUGGAAGGAGCGAUCACUGGCGCCUGUGCAGUGACCAUUUCAUCUCAGGGUUUUUAUGCCCUAAGAGAUGUAAAAGCAUGCCGAUAUCUCCACCCACAAUGUCUGAAGUGAGAAUUGUGCUGCUGGGGGAAAAUGUUCUCCUGACCAGUAGAGUGGGAAACUUCAUCCUGGGCAGAUCUGCAUUUGAGACUGAACUUCAUCUUCCUUCAGUAAAGCUGCACAGUGAGAGAGCCAGUGGUCACGUGGAGGGAAGAACCGUCAUCAUCAUCAACACGCCUCAUCUCUAUAAUCCAGAUCUCUCUCAGGAGGAACUGGCUCAGAGAGUAAAGGAGUGCAUUUCUCUCGCUCAUCCUGGACCUCAUGUGUUUCUGUUAGUGCUUCAGUCAGAAAAAUUCACACAUGAGCAACACGACAGAGUCAGAAGCAUAUUGGAAACUUACAGCCCGCUGUCUCGGAAACGCUCAAUAAUGAUAACUACAGGUGAAGACCAUGGAUUCAUCAGUGAAUGUGAAUUUAGACACCACAGAAUUCAGAAUGUAUCUAAAUUCAAUAAACAUCAGGUCCUUCAGCUUUUGUGGAAAAUAGAUGCAGUGGUGAAGGAGACCGGGGGAAGUGCGCUACAAGAGAAGAAACACUCAGGAACACUGAGAAGACAUCAGGAACAUUUAAGUGAAAAAACAGCAAAAACAGUAAAGGAACAACUGGAGGAGAGUAAAGUGUCUGAAGUGAGAAUUGUGCUGCUGGGGGAAAAUGUUCUCCUGACCAACAGAGUGGGAAACUUCAUCCUGGGCAGAUCUGCAUUUGAGACUGAACUUCAUUUUUCUUCAGUAAAGCUGCACAGUGAGAGAGCCAGUGGUCACGUGGCGGAAAGAACCGUCAUCAUCAUCAACACGCCUCAUCUCUAUAAUCCACAUCUCUCUCAGGAGGAACUGACUCAGAGAUUCAAGGAGUGCAUUUCUCUCGCUCAUCCUGGACCUCAUGUGUUUCUGUUAGUGCUUCAGUCAGAAAAAUUCACACAUGAGCAACACGACAGAGUCAGAAGCAUAUUGGAAACUUACAGCCCGCUGUCUCGGAAACGCUCAAUAGUGAUAACUACAGGUGAAGACCAUGGAUUCAUCAGUGAAUGUGAAUUUAGACACCACAGAAUUCAGAAUGUAUCUAAAUUCAAUAAACAUCAGGUCCUUCAGCUUUUGUGGGAAAUAUAUGCAGUGGUGAAUGAGACCGGGGGAAGUGUGCUACAAGAGAAGAAACACUCAGGAACACUGAGAAGACAUCAGGAACAUUUGAGUGAAAAAACAGUAAAGGAAAACCUGGAGGAGAGUAAAGAAUUAAAAGAGACUCCACAUUUGAACCUAGUGCUGCUGGGAAUGGAAGAAUUAACGGCCUCAGUGUCUAAAAUAUUAUUGGGUAAAAAGUCCUCACUGGUCCAGUCAGAGUCCAGCUCCGAGUGUGUGGUAAGGAAGGGAGAAGUGUGUGGAUACCUGAUAACGCUGGUGGAGAUGCCCGCUCUCUACAACACUCGACUCUCAGAACAGGAAGUGAUGCGUCAGACUCGACACUGUGUCUCUGUCUGUGAUCCUGGAGUCCAUGCUUUCUUUAUCAUGGUUCCUGGAGGUCUCAGUGAUGAAGAUAAAGCAGAAAUAAAGAUGAUUCAGAGGGUCUUCAGCUCCAGCAUUAAUGACCAUGUCAUAUUCCUCAUCAACCAGCAGUCGCAGAAGGAACAGAUAGAUCAGACUCUUCAGUCUGUGAUAAAGACACAUGGAGGAUGAUCUAGAUUCUACAGCAGCAAAACAAAAGCAGAUGAUCUGUUUAUCUGUGUUAAAGAUCUUCUUAAAAACAACAACAAUCGUCUGUACACGAUGGC